CAAAAGAGCCAAAGACGAAAUCUGUCAGAUGUGAAUGUUCAAGAAAAAGAUUAUCCAACUUUCGCAAGCCACCCCUAUGAAAUACUUUAGCAAUUCUAGGUUGCAUUCUUGUACAAUCGAGGAUAUCUUUUACUACUGUUCUUGUAGUACUUAGGCAAAAACAAACGACAUGAUGACUUGAAGAAACCAACUUCAUCGGCAGACGUGCCUCUGGGCUUGUCGCACCAAAACACGACACUUGGGAAGGAGUGUGACCACUUCGAUGGUCGCGCAGUGAGCGCGUACCAUUUCGCUGUGUAACGUCCGCGGGUGUAAUAUGCGUUACUAGUAGAAGAUCUGGGGAGUCUGCUUACUUACUGUUUUUCUACCUUGGGCAGUUUAUUAACGGUCAAAAUGGCACUUUUUUCUGGUCUUCUCCGCUGGCAUGAAAAUGCGGAAAAACGUCGCCGAGAAAAGAGCGGCUUCGUUCGCUUCCCUGGACUGCUUUUAAGACUAGAAGCACCAGUAUCAGGAGGAUUAACAUUUUAUUUCAAUUCAACUGAACAGCUUACUUAUCCCAAACCUCCUGUCAAACUUGUUUUGUAACUACUUGUUUUCCAAAUGAAAAGUAGGUCACGUCUUCUCCAUCUAUCAAUCGCUCCUCCUCCCCCUCCUCCUCCAAUAGAAGCAACUGCAUGCCGUCCUCUUGCUACGGUAGGACUGCUCUCGUCGGGCUCAGUACUUUUUUCGACGCCGUCUUUGCUCGAGAUUUAUGUUGCUGCGAGGCAUGUGCCGCACCGAAAUGACACGAGUACUUAUAUCUGAUCAUUAUAUUUUGAUUGGGACCUACAUCUGAUCAAACAUAUUCAUAUUGUUUGUAGCGUUGGCGCCAUCUUCACUGUGUUAAACUAUCAAGUUUCCUACUUUUUCCUGAACCUACGCCUACCUCCCUGAUCUCGAUUGUAAUGCUCAUGUCAUGUGUUCAAUCUUCUCAAAUUAGAUAUUCCAUGGGAGCGCGAACCACCAAACAAUCUUCAUGCUGAUGGGCUGACCGACAUUGAUAUUGAGGAAGACGAAGACACUCGCAAAGCUUCGAGUUUUGUCGUUCUUUCAACUGGCACGUCGACCGCGAAAAUGGAUUUGGAUACUGUAAGAAAAAGCUAAUAAAACCAUUUUUCUUCUUCACAGACUAAAUCAAUUUCAGACUUGUACUUGUUACGAAGGCCUCAUGAAUGAAUCAGAAGGGUGCUACAACGAGAUCAGUUUUAUCUUUUUUUUCGGAAAGUCCAAGUCGCAUCUUGUACCCGUGCUUGUCCUGCCUUAUUUUUUAGGCCGAUCUCCGCGUGGGCGGCAACAUCGACGUCGGUAGUUCCGGAAAUGGCGAAGGGAUGGCAUAUGACGAUACAAAGGAACUAGUACAGCAACUACUUUUGAUGCCUCAUGAAGUAGGAGUUUCGGAAUUGUGUAUACAGGCUGAUCUUCAUUCUUAUCAAUCUUCACUGUCAUCUGGUACUUCACGAAGAACAUUAACAUUAUCGGACGACCCCGCAGCAUCAACAAGGAUCCACUUAAUCUCUUUCCAAGAAUGACCAAUAGCUUCUUUGUCUUGUCUUUCAUUCUUCAGGCUGAAACGAGUUCUGCAGGUGCAGACACUUUUGCCGCCCGCCGAACGCACCUACAGCAACUGCAAUCUGCGCAACAUGGUGACGAUGUUAGCAUGGGGAAUUUCAUACAACUACAAGAAGAAGCAUAUAAGAAUGUGCAGGACUUGUUGGUACAUGGUGAGGAGGGGAAAGAUGGACUUGGACAGCGUGCGGUGGAAGCACAAGCUGCGCUUGCGGAACACUUACGAAGCGCGAACAGGGGACAGGGAAGACAGGUACCUCACAUAUAAUUAAAGUUAGGAGAACCACUACCACGUAUAAGUUUGAGUUUCACAAUGUUUCACAUGUUUGAGUUUGUUAAGUAGUACUUCUUGCCAUUGUCUUUCGUUCAUCUUCAGGCUGCUGAAGCAAUGCAACGCACUUCCGGUUUGUCGCCAGGAGGCAUUGAAGACCAGAUGCAGAAGCUGCGAGAAGCCGUUGAUGGGAUGGCGAGACUGCUACAGGCAGGCGGAAACUUGCAUGCAGUUGCAGGCCUUGAUGCGGACCUAAGAAGACUAGAGGUAUCUUAUAAAGUCAGGAGAACCAUUCCGCCUUGUAAUACUAGCCUCCACAAGCUUCGCCCCGCUUCAAAUUAGUUUAGCACUUUUCUGCGGCCUCCCACGGGCUACACCCGCUAGAAUAGAGACAGCCCGCGGGUGAGCUGUUGCGCCCUACGAAUUGACUACGACAAGAGCCGAGCGCCGGCGGUGGCCGACUCAGAUGCGUCGACUCAUGUGCAAUGCAUUGCGUUGCCUUCGUUUUUUUUAUGAGAUUGCUGGGGGGGUCAUGCAAAUUCUUAAGAAUUUGCAAGACCCUCACGGCAGUCCAACAAAAAAACCAGAAGAGGGCCACCAGACACGCACAAGAAUCCACAAGCCCCAACGCACGCAAACGCCUCGCGGUGGCGCCAGGCAAGAACGAGGGGCGGCCUUGACGGGCCAAACAAGACAAAGCAACGCAGGGCCGCGCUGCUUGGGUCUCUCUAGGCGCUUACACUGGUGGGGCUUCUUUGUUUCGUCCUAUGUCUUUCGUCAGAAACAGACGGGCGCACUUCGCGGGGGUGUGAGGCGUCGCGAGUCGGGCUGUGGCUGAAGCCUCUCGGCUGGCUGACGUCUUUCGCCAGGAUGGAGACGGGGGCCCUCCAUCAAACUGAUGCUGUUCGUCAGGCCAACGCACUGCGCCAGGCUGGCGGCUUUCGUCGGCCAGCCCGGCGCCCUUCGGCAGGCGUCUUGGGUCAGGCUGAGGCCUUUCGCCGGGGUCGGGCGACGUCUCUCGCCAGGCUGAGGCCUUUCGUCAGACUGAAGCGCCUGGCCUGGCCGACAUUCCUCGCCGGGCCAAGACUCGCGCCUUUGCUUGGUCAGGUUGAUGGCUUGCUUCAGCUUGCUUGGCGGCGCCGUCCGUCAGGCUGAUGCACUGACCAGCCAGGCGACGCCUCUCGCCAGACCGGCGCACUGCUUCGCCAGGCGUUUGCCUUGCGUCGGAACAGGCUGGGCGGGGCCUCUCUUCGGGCUGCGGAUGUCUUUCCUUCGUGAGAUUGAUUCUGUUCCUUCUCCGUGGGGGACGUUUAACGCCAGACUGACCGCGUUCGUCGGACUGGCGUCCUUUGUCAAAGGUCUUCGCCAUCGGUGGCCCAAGGAUCGCCUCUGGUCCAGCGGUCGCCUUUGCUUGGUCCAAAGGUCGCCUUUGGUCCAACGGUCGCCUUUGGUCCAACGGUCGCCCUUGGUCUAAACACUAAAGGCCGUCUUACCUUGGUCCAGAGGUCGCCUUACUUUGGUCCAGGGGUCGGCUCCCUUACUUUGGUCCAAGGGUCGCCUUUGGUCCAGAGGUCGUCGCUGUUCCAGAGAUCGCCUCUGGUCCAAAGAUCGCCUUCGGUCCCAAGAUCGGCUUUGGUCCAAAGGUCGCCUUACUCUGGUCCAGAGGUCGUCUCACUUUGGUCCAGGGGUCGCCUUACUUUGGUCCAAAGGUCGCCUUACUUUGGUCCAAGCGUCGUCUUACUUUGGUCCAGGGGUCGUCUGUGGUCCAGAGGUCGCCUGUGGUCCAACAGUCGCCUUUGGUCCAACGGUCGCCUUUGGUCCAACGGUCGCCUUUGGUCCAGCGGUCGGCUUUGGUCCAAGGGUCGCCUUCGGUCCAAGGGUCGUCUUUGGUCCACCGGUCGUCUUUGGUCCAAAGGUCGUCGCCGGUCCAGCGGACGCCUCUGGUCCAAAGAGCGCCGCCGGCCCAAAGAUCGUCUUUUGCACAAAGAUCGCCUUUUGUCCAAAGAUCGUCUGUGGUCCAAGGAUCGGCUUUGGUCCAAAGAUCGUCUUUGGUCCAAUGUUCGCCUUUGGUCCAAUGAUCGUCUUUGGUGCAGUGGUCGUCUUUGGUCCGCGUGUCUUUGGUCCAAGGUCUUUGCUCUUUCGGCGGGAGGUCUUUCUAUUUCUUCGGCUGUUUCUCUUUGGGCUUCUCUCUCCAGCUUGCGCCCCUACCCCCGUCGGGCAUUUUUCUGGCUUCUUUUGUGGUAGUCUGCCACGGGGCCGGAACGUAAAGCCCAACAAGAAAACGGCCGGAGACUAUUGGGCUUGAGAGUGAGGGGAAAGGGCAAGAGGCUACGGGCAAGAGCUUCGCGAAAGGAGGGGACUCAUCUCCGGUGGGUUAGGGGGGAGUUUUAUGGCGGCGAUCAAUGGCGAUAAUUAAUAAAAAUAAUAUAGGUUAAUAACCUAGAUGAAUAACCUAGAUGAAUAACCUAGAUUAGUAGCCUAGUUUACUAACCUAGAUGAAUAACCUCGAUGAAUAAUAUAGAAUAUAGACUAAUAGUAUAGAUUAUGUUGGUCAUGUAUGGUUCAAGCCUCUCGGAUGUCGCGUUGUCUGUUCUCAGUGGCUCACCCUAAGCCUCGCGCUCGACUGUCAUCGGGAUGAUCUCAACGGACACGGAUGCCAAUGCCUAAUCAUAGUGAUCAAUGGGUAGACUAGGUAUGGUUAUCCUGAUCUUAGUCGUAUGCUGCAUGUUCAGCCCGAUCCCUUCUGACAUGCUUAUGUUGAUGGUGUAUGAUUCACCUUACCCAAUGAACCAAACAGGGACUACGCCAGCCAGUGACCAUAAGUCACAGGCAGGCAUAUCCAGACUUGCUCGCAUUCAAGAUUCAGACACGGUGUCUCCACUGAGAAACGAACCUGGCGGGGAGGCCUGUGCUCUUGUGGUCCAGCACUGGCCUAACCCUUGAGCGGCAGAAGUGAAUAAGUUUGGAAGUAGUGAAGUAAAGAAAUAAAUAAAGCCAUCAAAAUGUCCUGCGACGCGAAGGAGAUCGUCAAGAAGUUAGGACAGAAAUCUGACUGGCGUGAGUGGCAGCGUGCUGUACGUCAAGAAGCUAGUCGCCUAGGCUUACUUGAGAACUACACGAAUGUAGUCAGCGUGCCGGCCGCUCCACAUGGUGCGCCGCAAGGUAAUACCACUCGCGAAGACGCGACCCGCCAGAAGUGGCGCAACCUGAAAGAUGCGCCCACUCGCAGUCUGAAAGGUGCGGCCAAGUCGUUCGUCGACAAUCGGAACAACGGUGGCGCGGUGGACGAGAUGGAUGCGGGUGAAGUUGUUGCUCUACUUCGUGAUCGAGGGAACUUCAACGCGAACAAUCGCCAGGAGCAGCGCAUGAAGGUCAAGCCGUUGUCGGAGGGACUGACGAAGUUCCACAACAGCGACCAGCCUGCUGAUGCCAAGGAGUUCCUGCCGAAGGUCCGCGACAUCAUGAACCAGUCGCCCACCGUCUUUCCGCCGGGUGCAGAUCUGCCCGAAGCUGAUCAACAGAGCGGAGCGAUCCUGCAGAAGUUGCCCGAGUUGUUCUGCAAGAACUUCAAGGCGACGAUCGAGCGGAUGCAAGAAGAAGACGAUCUGACAUCUGACCAAAUUGGAGACCGACUUGAGAAACGUCGCACGACGUUGAUCGAGGAGGGAACCUACAAAAUUGCGAGCGAUUCCUUCGGGAAAGCGUUUCCGGUCAAUGUUCAGGAAACCUCGAACAAGCGUCCUCGUGAUGAUAAGAAUGAGGAUGGUGACGAGGUAGAGCAGGCCAAUAAGGCAGAUGGUAAGACCUUCAUCUCCGCUAACGCCCUCAAGCGUUUCAAGCAGAAAGAAAAGAAGAAGGCAGUCGCCGAGGUCUACAACUCCUACGGGUACCAACCCAAAGGAGGGAAGAACGGCGGAGAAAAGCCGGAGAAAGAUAAAGGAAAAGGAAGCAAAAACACCUAUCCACCCCGCUGCUAUUGCUGCCAAAAGUAUGGACACAAGUCCACUGAGUGCUGGCAUAACACGCAAGCCCUUCAACAGGGACAGGGAAGCUGGACUACCGGGGCCUCUUCUAGUAGUGUUAAAGGCAAAGGCGGAAAGGGUAAUCCAAGUGGCAUGGUCCACAUGUCGCAGAUUGCGGAGCUGUUCAGCGUCAUGAACUCGCACGAGCAAGGCUGAGCGACGGAACCGCACGAAGCUGGGAAGUGUUCGCUGAAUUUCGAGGAAGAUGAAAUCAUGGCGAAUGUUGAUAAUCAUGCUGAUAGCUACAACACCGAGACAGAUGGACAUAGUUCCACAACCUUGAACACUAGAACAUCAGAAGACGCAGCUCUAGUUGAUAGCUGUGCAAACAAAUAUCUUUCACGACACAAAGACGAUUUCGAUGAAAUCGGUAACGACAUUUGUAGAAUAACAGGUAGUGCAGGCACUAAAGACGGAAAAAUAGGAAAACCCAAGAACGACAUACUUGGACUUUAGAAUGGAGCUCAUUACGAUUCACUUCUUGGAAACAUAGAACGCCACGCGUAUUGCCAUGGUUAGGAGACGGAAACUGCUCGCAAUUAGGGUGGGAGUUCAACUUCAAGGGCGCUGGUGGUUGUAUCGUACACACGGACACAGGCCAGAUGCUACCCAUCAGAGCUCACCCACGCUUGCAGCUACCCGCGCUCGCGUGUAGUUUCUUUGAAGACAAGACUGAGCAUGGUUUGAUUUGUGCAACAAUUGAAGAAGGUGCCUCUAGUUGCUAUCUUACGAGAUUAGAACUACGCAGAAGAUGUGGACACUUUCACAUAGACGGUCUGCAAGUUAGUUGCCCCGAAUGUGACCUACAUAAUUAAAGGACAACGAAAAUCCCACGCAAAAUCUAGAGACGUGACCACCUACAAACCCGAACCCCUCAAACUACUCGCAGUAGACUUUGCUGUAGGGAUAAAACUUGUCUCAGUUAGAUCUAUGCGAUGCGUUCUAGUCGUCAUGUGUGACGUAAUUAAGAAGGCGCUUUGUCGACCGCUGAAGCUCAAAACGGACUGCGUGGAGGAAAUAGAACAAGUCAUAAAAGGCAUUCGACAGGGCUACCCCUUAUCGCGUCGCUAGAUGACAAGGCAGUAUGGUUCAAUCAUCCGGAGGGAUGGAGAACCAGUCCUCGGCAGUGAUGACAUGACCAAACUCAUGCAAUCGCUGCGGGUCUCAGACAGUCUGGCUGUUCUUUAUAGUCUGGAAAUGAGUGGGACCGUCGAGCGUUUUUUGCGGGCCUUGUUUGGCAGUGUGAGAACAAUGCUAACGAAGGCUGGCCGACGUCUUUGGUGUUACUGUGUAGGGUACGCUAGUGACUGCUGGGAUCGUCUUCCGCAUAAUUGCGCAAAAAUGCCAGAACAUGACGGAAAGAGUCCAGUAGAGAUUCUAGAAGAAAGAACUGGCAGAAAUGCUUCCAAAAGCAAAAUCGGCAUGCUCCGCCGAUUUGGUUGUCUUGUUUACUUUCGUGAACAAAUCCAAGCCAACACUCCUGGGCCCAAGCGCUCGGCCAAAUACCGCCGCGGUGUCUUCCUUGGACUCUGUCCGAAGUCGUCUGGUUGGUUGGUUGCUGCUUUCGCUCAUGGCGAUCGUUGCAAGCUUGGACAUCGAUGGGCGGAAUACUCUGCCUUAGAUGUCAAGUUCAGAGAGGAUUACCUGAUAAAGAUAAGAACAUAGGCAGGCUAAUGCCAGAGAGAAAGGGCUUUUGCAUUGAGUGCGAUGAACUGGAAAGCCUGCAGUGUGGAGCGUCGUCGCUGGGCUCCCCCUUGAUUGGGCAGCCAGUGCAAAGGCUGGGUCAGCAAUCGGGGUUCUCUGGCACGGAGAGCGCCUCAGCUGGGCCGACCGGUGUUUCCGAAGAACUGUAUGCUGAAACCUUAGACAAGAAGGUAGAACACGACGUGGCCGACUCUCCUAGAGGUUCUUCACUUGAGGAGGGGAAAGCUGAGACGAAGGAUGGAAUCCCUGACCCGCCUCGUCCGAUUAGAUCGAAAGCGCUAUCUCCCGCGCGUGUUGUGGCAGGCGAACGUCAUACACACGGCAAGAAGCGUGGCCGACCGAAAGGAGCCAAGGAUAAGGCUGGAGGAAGGAUCCGUAGAACAAAGAAACAAAUGGAAGAACUGAGAAAGAGUUUGGCGCUGUUCGCAAGUGCUCUUGGUGGCACGUGUGAGAUAGACGAAGAUGAGGAAGUCGUCGAAUCACGUGCGAAAUUGUCCGUAGCUAAUGCGUUGGAGAGUUGUCCUGAAGCUGAAAAGUGGAAGGAUGUCAUGUCAUAGACAUUGAGCAUGUGAGACUACUAGCCUUUAAAACGUGGGAAGAAGCUACUGGCGAGCAGCUAUCAACCGCGUCGCAGGCUCUACCAAUUGCCAUUGCGUUUGCAAUCAUAUUGACAAGAAAGAGAUGUGAAAAAUGCAAGGCAAGAGCCUGCGUGCUCGGUAAUUUAGAUCGUCCGGGAGAGCUAAACACCUUUGCUCCCGUGGUGUCGCAUGCUGCUAAUAGGUUGCUCAUGCUCCUCACUUCUGCUGCGUCAGAGGGGGGCUAUGUGAUCCCGUUCGAUUUAGAUUCAGCGCUCCUCAAUGCCGAACUCGAUCGAGAUGUCUACUGCCGUCUUCCACCCAUCUGGGCGAAGCAGCACGGAGAUGAGAUCGUGAAGCUCUAGAAAGCUCUAUACGGCUUGAAGGAUGCACCACGAGCAUGGUUCAAGAAGUAUCGCGAGACUCUAGCCAGUCAGUGAGUCUUGGUUGGGAGCCGUGUACUUCUGCGCCUGGAUUGUGGCGCAAGCCGAGCAGCAAAGCACCAGGGAAGUUCCUGAAGAUGUCAGUUUACGGAGAUGACAAUCUUGCUACAGGUCCUGACCAAGAUGAGCGCAGGACCGAACUAGACCUCAUUUCCUCACGUGCUCCAGGCCGUGCGAUUGACAUUGAUAUCGAGCCAGUUCCAACCCCGUGGGGUCACUAGGUGCGAUCGUGUGCCAUGGCUGUGAAGCUAAGUCGUUCAGACUAUGCGUGGAGCAGUACAUCGAUAAAAUUGCUAAGAGGUAUGAAGUCCAACUAGGGAGACCGGUUUACUCGCCCAAUUUUGACGAAACAGCUUGGACUUUUCUUGAAGACAAGACGGGACCAAGAUAGUUGAUGGGUAUCCCUUUCGUGAGGUAGUUGGUGCCUUACUAUGGGUAGCUGUAACCGCGCGCCCGGAUAUCUCUGCACCGGUAGCGGCGCUGGCUAGACAUGUCAGCAAACCCACGUCAAUAAGAAUGGCCAAAGCAGCCAAGAAAGUACAAGGUGACAGCAAAAGAUCAAGGAGUAGAAUACUCACCAGAAAAGGAAGAAGAAUUCAACAAGAUAUAUGAGAAACUUCUACCAGAAGGCAGAGAUAUGCCAGAAGUGAACAUAUUCAGUGAUGCUGGUUUCGCCAACUGCAUCAAGACAAUGAGAGGCACAAGUGGAUCCAUAAUGUACUACAAAGGUACACCAAUAGCAUGGAGGAGCAACAGACAAACUGCUAGAGCCUACUCAACGGCUGAAAGUGAGUAUAUUGCAGCCUCUGACACAAUAGUGCUCAGUGAGAUGCAUGACUUUACAGACUUCCUUAGGCCUCUUCCAACUCAGUUGGUACAAACACAGAACGGCUUGCCGCCCUCCUUAGACAAUGCUGCACUGUGGAUAGACGACCAGUCUCAAUCACAACAGCCAAAGCAACAGGCGCUCGCCUUAAAAGUAGACACUAUGCUCUACGUUGCCUAAGAGUGCGCGAUGCUGCUAGUAAGAUCGUGCUCUGUCCUACCAACUUGAUGAAGGCAGACCCACCUUCGAAACUAACCCGCAGUGCCACUCAGCGUAGACUUAUGCUACACCACGUAGAUAACCCGACAACUAACAGUAGAGACGAUGGCUGUGACUCCUCUGAUGAUGAAACAGAUGAGGACGGCUUAGCUUAUACUAUAGCGCACUAUAUUCGGUUUAUUUUGGUUUCUCGCAUAUCGUAGCCAAGUUAGGGCUAAACUCAACACUAGAUAGGAGAUAUGAUUGCCGUGACUUGAUACACAGUGAGGCUGUCACGUGAGACAGACUUCGACCCGCAUCGAUUGAGGGGGGGCGUUGGUCAUGUAUGGCUCAAGCCUCUCGGAUGUCGUGUUGUUCUGUUCUCAGUGGCUCACACUAAGCCUCGCGCUCGAAUGCCAAUGAUCAUGAAUGCUGCUUCCAAUGCACAAUCAUAAUGAUCAAUGGGUAGACUAGGUAUGGUUAUCCUGAUCCUAGUCGUAUGAUUCAUGUUCAGUCCGGUCCCUUCUCACAUGCUUAUGUUGAUGAUGUGUGAUUCAUCUCACCCAAUGAACCAGACAGGGACUACGCCAGCCAGUGAUCAUAAGUCGCAGGCAGGUAUAUCAAGACUUGCUUGCGUUCAAGAUUCACACAUUGUGUCUCCACUGAGAAACGAACCUGGCGCGGAGGCCUGCGUUCUUGUGGUCCAACAGAUUAAUAAAAUAGCCUAAUAGUCAUUAUAUAGAUUAAUAAUAUUUAUAGAUUUUUUUUUAUUUGUUAUGUUUUUUAUCUAUCGACUUAUAAUAAUUUUUCACAAACUACCCAGAUUAGUUGGAAGAUAUGCACACUUCGCAUCUUCAUUUGACCGCCUGCUUGAAAUAGCUUUGUUCUGCGUACAACAAGAAAAAUACAAGAGGUGGAAGAAGAUAUUUAGUCCUUCAAGAAUGAACGAUGAGUAUGAGUUUGAUCAUGUUUUUCAGAAACUCCUCAGAAUGAACUCCAUAUCCUCCCCCAUUCUUCAGGCUAUGAACGGUGCUACGAUCUAUGACAGCACGGACGGCGCCACUUCGAGGAUAGCUAUUGUACCAAUUAUAUGGGAAGAUAACGCACUCGCACCCGGGGCCAACUGGGACUUCCCCUUUCUGCAAGUAGACAGCAGCACAAGUAGUAGUAGCAAGGUGGCAAUACUAAAAACUGUUCAGUUCGUGCAAAUCCCAGAAGGAGAACUCUCUGCUCAGCUGCCUUGGCGCAGUUACUAUCGCGUCGCCUUCGACGGGAUGUCGGAGGUAGGUGCGCCUUGGCGUGGUGACUGGCCUUCACAGGCCAACUUUUUGGAUGACGCCAAGCUUUUCCGUGCGAUGUGCCAGUAUGGGUACGACGUCUCGGUGUCUCUCCAAUCGGAUCAGACGAAUAGGCGCAUCAAGAGCAAUCGUUAUGGUAGAACAGCGCAGGCGUUCGUUAUAACAAACUCAGGCGAGAGCCAUUCUGCUGGCGUCAGUACUUUCUGAGUCCUCGAGUCUUGGGGGCUGCGCAUCCUACACGAAGCGCGCGCUUUCAUAGCGCGUGGAGUCGAAUCAUUCUCGAAGCGCUAUCGAAUCUAAAGCGUUAUCUUCUUCGCAGACGUUUCAGAAUUCACUUCGUUUCGAGUCUUUUCUUUUUCUCCUUCCCUUCCCUCCUCUUUCUCUUCUAUUGAUUCGGGAGCUCUCCACACUCGCCUCCAGGCGGCAUCAUUUUUCUUUGCUUCGCGCUCAGAUUCAUGCGUCACACUCAGACUUCGGUAUCCUUCAUCUUCGCGCGAUCUGAUGCCGCUAGUAGGCUAGUCUGGAUGGCUGACCUACUAGCGACAUAGUUCUCGCCUCGGUUUCAACGCCUGUAGUCUCGCUCUCAAUAUGCCGCGGUACUGGUGGAAUGAGGUCGAAAACAUCGAAAACGCAGAGAAGCACGAAAAGCUAUUCGGCGGGGCCGAAAAUUUUCGAACGCAGAUUCACGAUGGACGCAAGAAAAUCAGCAUUAAAUCGAUCACAGCGUGCGAAGGAGACUACGAGCUGCCGAGUGUGGAUCCGUGUACAACCCGCCUUCGCGGAACUUACGGGGAAACGAUUGAAGCAACGUUGCGCAAGCAUCUGAAUGACAAUAGGAUCAACAAAGAAGGAACUCAUACUCAACAAAAAACGACACCCCUUGUCUACAAAGUGGAAUGUGCCGCAGAGCGCAUUAAUGGGCACAUGGAGGUGUUUCGCAAUGUUUUCGUUGAGUUCUGGUCGAGGAAAUUGGCAUGAAGGCACGCAUGCCAUGGGUAACCAGACCGAUUUUUCUUGAAGGACUCUACUCAGUCAUCUAGAUGAUGACCAAUACGGUCGACCUUGUACACGCCUACAAUUUUAUUGCGAUGCGUAGGCGUGGAGGAUGAAUUGUUGACACUACGGAUUCUGAGGACUACAGCACCAACAAACCUGAAGAUUUGUGUGCUUUGUACCAUUAAUCUAGGCCUCGGCGGUAGCUGAUCUGCAAAAUGCGAUGUCUGUCGAAACAGUCUCGGCGUUCGUGUAAAAGUGUGUGUAGUGUAAAAGUGUAAGUAGUUGUAGUGAACGAAGGUCAUGAUCACAAUCACUAUCAGAAACAGUCUCGGUGUUCGUGUAAAAGUGU